CCAACACACACACACACUUUUGUCCAGCCUUCCUCCGACUGCAAUGAACCAUGCACGGGGACUUCCACCGAGAUGUGCGGAGCAGCCAAUCGCAUGAACAUCAUCCAAGCAAACUGUUCCGGCAAACCCGUUCCCACAGGCCAUGCAUGCCUGCCUGCAGCGACGAAGGAGUUACCGUUCUGUAACUCGAGUCUGUCCAUCUGUGCCCGCCUCGACGACCUGAUUGGACGCCUCAGCCUUCAUGAGAAGGCCGGCCCCAUUGGCCCUAAUCCCGUCACCAGCCCAUGCGCCUUCCUUGACUAUGGUGUCAAGAGGCUUGACAUCCCGCCGUAUCUGCAUCUGGUGGAGAUGAACACGGCCGUUGCCUCUGCGUGCAUCAUCAGCCAGGACAAGUGUGCCACCACCUUCAUUGGCCCCACAGGUCUUGGCGCAGCCGUCAUAUCCACGGAGAUGCGCGCCUUCAACAAUCUCAACUGGCACAGGGGCGGCGGCGUCUUGCAGAUGAUCGGACUCGCAGGUCUCAGGCACGUUGACGCGCACUUGGUCGAGACAAGCCGCAUGGCAUUCAACGGGAACAUCUCCACCUUUGAUCUCUGGGACACCGAGGUCUCACGGGCACUCACUGCCAUGUGCUCGAACACCAGCAUCAAAUGUGUGUCAUCGUGUGCGAACAACAUGCUGCUCAACGACGUCGUGCGCGGACAGUGCAAGCGUGACAUGACGCUGAACGGUGGCGUGGAUAUGGAGCUCAGGGAGACAUGCUUCACUACAAACAGCUACUUGGAGCAGGCUGUGCAGCAGAACCGCACGACAAUCGACACGGUGCACAACACCGUGCGUUAUCGGAGUGCGAACCUCAGCCUCACCUCCAGUAUCGGCCACUGCAUCAGCGAGUGUCCCGACGGCGAGUAUGAGCUCGGCCAACGGUCGUGCAUUGCCCAUUGCCCUCUCGACUACUACGCCAAGGACCACCGCUGCGUGCCAUGCACCACGUGCGGCAUGGGCACCUGGGCCUCCACCCCACGCUCCGCGUCCUCUGACGCCGUCUGCUGUUCCUGGACCGAGCGCAAGCCGGGUCAGAAGGAGUCCGUCUCUGGCAACGCCUACCAGCCGCUGCCGGAGCGCGCCUCGUGCUUCCCCACCAGCGUGUGCGAGGAGCCCUUCAUCGAGACCAUCCCGCCCACGCUCACCACGGACCGCCUGUGCUCCUGCGACACGCUCACCUGCAACAAGCUCAUCACGCAGCUGUUUGAGGAGAUGGUGUGCGCCGGGCCCAUGGACGAGCAGCUCGACGUUGUGCUUGACGUGUGCUGCGCCGGCCAAGGCGAGGAUGGCAUCCACAACACCAUUCGCCAGAUGGAUGCCGACGAGGCACGCCGCUCCUGCACAGGCUGCACAGACACGUGUGAGUGCAGCGCUAGCUUCAUCCUUGUCUACGACGCCGAGUCGGCCGACUGUCGGCCGUGCGACAGCGUGACGGAGUUCUCCCCAUCCAUUGGCGGCAGCAGGUGCGAGCCUACUGAGGAGUGCGAGCGCGGCCAGGAGGAGGUCGCCGCGCCAACCUGCUGCUCCUCGGACCGCGUGCGCCGCGACUGCUCGGCCGGCACCAUCGAUUCGGACAGCGACGGCUCCAUGAGUUCUUCACCUGCCGCGCGGGCACUCACGACCACGACAGCGACCCCGCCACCCUCGUGCAUGGACGUCACAGAGUGCGCGCCCGGGUUUGAGCAGGUGCGGGCCAUGACACUCCUCAUCAGCGACCGCGUCUGCGACGAGUGCCCAGAGGGUACGCACAAGGCUGUCUCUGGCCAGGGCGUGCCCUGUCUCCCCAUCAUCACCACGUGCGACGCCGGCGAGGAGGAGACGGCCGAGCCCACCCCCACCAACGACCGCGUGUGCAGCCAGUGCGAGCUCGGCGCCACCUUCAAGCCCGUCCAACGGCCAGGCCGAGUCGUGCCGCCCCCGAGUGCGAGUUUGGCACCUUCCAGAAGCCAGGCGCUCACGCUCGACUCUGAGCGCGAGUGCACGCUCGAGUGCUCUGAGUGCCCCAGUGGCCGCUUCGAGAUUCGCGCCUGCUCUGCGCUGGAGGACGUGCAGUGCGCCGGCUGCUCCGCGUGCUUGCCAACCACAUACAUCCUGCGCGCCUGCGACUCAGAGAACGACCAACACGGCAUGCAUGACGCUCGACGUGUGCGACCAGGACCAGUUCUCCAGUUUGAGCUCUUCCCCACCGCCACGCCGACCACGGACCGCAUCUGCCGCGACCUAACCCAGUGCAACCCGUCGACGGAGUACGAGCGGACCGCCUGUGCCACCUCAUCACCAAGUGCGACCCUGGCGAGCAGCGCAUCCGCGCCCACCUCCACCUCCGACGCCAAGUGCGAGCCGUGCCCCAUCGGCACCACCGACGACGACCGCAACCCGAUCACCGCCUGCCAGCCGUGCCUCUUACGGCCACCAUGUGCCUGCGGGAUCCAUCGGCUCCUGCAAGCAGUUCCUGUGCCCGGCCGGCACCGUCGACCUGGACCGCAACGCCAGCACACGCCGUGCACGCCGUGCCAUGUUGGCGUGGACUUUGCCGCCCUCUCUGGCCAGCGCAAUUGCACGCCUGUGACGGAGUGCGACCUCGGCUACGAGGAGGUGGUGCGCCCCACCAUCUUCACCGACCGCCAGUGCCGCCGCUGCAUCGAGGGCCUGUUCUACCGCGACAGCACCACGGACUUCUGCAUGCGCGUGUCGCCCUGCGAGCCUGGCUCGUUUGAGACAGCCGCGCCCACCAUCAGCACGGACCGCGAGUGCCAGAUGGGCCGCACGUGCCCCAACAGCACCAUCGAGUACGAGCUCGUUGCGCCGUCGCUGGUCAACGACCGCGAGUGCCAGCGCGUGCGCUCGUGCCAGCACACGGAGUGCGAGCGACGCAAUUUGAGGUGCUCCCACCGUGCGUGCGUGCCCGCGUACUUCGUCUCGCUCAUCUGUGACGCCAAGUUCAACGCCCUUGCCGGCACUCAGCCGCGCCGCGAGAUGUUUGAGGCCGCGCUGGGCACCAUUAUUGCCACCGUCGCUUCCAUCAACGAGGAUUUUACGGCGCGCCUCUUCAACCGAUCCGUCUCUGGCGACAUUACCGUCAUGGCCUUCACCGCAUCGCCGUGCGAGGCCGACGCGUUCCUGGACGACUCCAACCAGGUCAAGGCAUCGGAUGCUGUUGGCUCUUGGACCACCACGGCGUUCAACAGCAAGGAGGUGGCCAUCGUGAUUCUGACCGGCCAUCGACAGAGCAGCGUUGCAGUGCGCCAUGCGGUGUUUGAUGAUGCGUCGUUGUUGUUGCCACUGCGUUGGCUGUUUGUUGACACGUAUGCCUGCAGCCAAACAACAAGACAGCAGUCAUCCGCCGACGACCACCCGGGGAAAGGCAACGCCACAGCACAUUCCCUCAUCGACGUGUUUCUGUUUCCUGAAGGAUGUUUGGAGGUGGAGGCCUUGCUGCAACUGACUGAUUUGCCGUGUUCUGACAAGGAGAAGAUCAGGGCCAUCGCCAAUAACACGUGUGGGAGCUGGGUGGGUGGGGCGUGCGCGGUGGCCAGGGCGCUCAAGAACAACACCUGUCUCAGAACACUGAACCUGCAUUUGAAUUCCGUCAACGAUGAGGGCGCUGUGGCACUGGCAAGGAGACUGAAACACAACACCUCCUUGAUGUCACUCGAGCUGCAUCAGAACUCCAUCAGCGAUGAGGGCGCUGUUGCAUUUGCAGAGAUGCUCAAGCAUAACACCACCCUCAAAUCGCUCAAGCUGCAUUAUAAUCACAUUCGUGAUGAGGGUGCUGUGGCGCUUGCAGAAAUGCUGAAGCAGAACACCAACUUUAAAUCGUUCAACCUGAUGAGCAAUCAAAUCAGCGAUGUCGGCGCGAUAGCGUUGGCGGAGAUGCUCAAGGUCAACACGAGUCUCGAACGCCUGUUCUUGGACAGCAACUCCAUCACCCCAGUUGGAGGCGCGGCGCUGGGAGCUGCCCUGGGCCACAACCGCACACUGAAACAGCUUGAGAUCCAGAAGAACUUCUCCCCCGAAACCGCCCGCGCUUUUGGUGCCGCGCUGCCCGUUCACCGAGUGAUCCUCACAACCUGGUCUGACGACAAGGAGGGCAAGGCCGCCUUCAUCAAAGCACGCAAGGAGAAGCAGCAGCAGCUGAAGCAACUGUUUGUGGCUUGCAGGGGUGGCGAUGUUCCCGCUGUCACUUCCUUCAUCAACCAAGACCAUGCAGACAUCAACGAACAGGAUGAGCACGGCGACACGUUGCUCCACAUCGCUUGCAAAUACAGCCAACUUGCCAUUGCGAACCUUCUCCUCGAACACGGCGCCAAUGCUGUGAUCGAGAAUGACGAGGGAGAGACGCCGUACGAUUUGGCUGAAGCCGGUGGCCACACUGCCAUCACCAGCAUUGAGGAGAUUCUUGCUGGCAGCAAGCUUCAUGAGCAAGAGUCCUCGGACCAAGCUUCAUCUUCAACCGAAACCUCCGCUGCACCACCGCAUCCAACCCCUGCUUCUUCUUCAUCAUCCCCAUUUGAGCCCGAGCUGACAGAAUGGCUCAAGCGCCACUCGCUGCUGCCGCACGUUGAACCAGCCUUGGUGGAACACGGCAUCGAUAAGCUGGACGUGCUGGUGGAGGCCGUGAAUGACGGCGAUUUGACGAAAGCCAUGCUGAAAGAGGCCGGUGUCAAGAUUGGGUCGGCAAUCAAGCUGAUCCAAGAAGCAACGAAGUGCUCCCUGGCAAGUUCUGAGUAGCGUCACGCCUUUAUCGGUCCUGUCUCAUCUCCAGUUUGCCAUUACUCCCUUUCAGCUUACAUUUGCCGUCCUGUCUUCAUGUUGCAUGAUGCCCUGAGUGUUGCGUGCCGUCGCAAUGUCGCGUUGAGCUCUGCACGCUCUUGCCUUGCAUCAUUUCAAGCGUUUCUUGUUUCUCCUCAUGUCAGUCCUGUUGCGUACAUCUGCUGUUGUUCGAGUGCACUGCGUGAGGGCCCCUACGCGUUGCUUCUUUGCUUCACCCCCUCGCCCCAAACACGUGAUGCUUUUCCUAUCAAAAUACAUGCC